AUGUUUCGAAAUAGAUCUAACCUAGAUAAGAUAAAAUUUAGAAAACAUAUCUGCUAUUUAUUUAAUGAAUACAGUGAAAAGACAUAUUUUUGGGAAUAGAUUAAGUUGAUAUAGAAGACUUGUAUUAUACUAGUAAUAACUAAUUUUGAAAAUAAUGUGUUAUUAAAGACAACUUUAUUAGGCAUUUGUGUAGAAGCAUACUAAGUCUUAGCUAUCAAUAAUAAACCUUAUAUUAUUUCGAAAUUUAAUAACUUAGAUUUAUAAUCAGGGUAAAUUUGUUUAAUAGCCAUUUUUCUUGUAGCAACCAAAUAUGAAAGUUAGGUUUUGCAAAAUGAUUUUUUUUCAAUGUUCCUUUAAAUCAUUUUGAUUUUAUUAUUAAUUCGACUAAGUUUUCCUUUUAUUAAAGACAUUUUAAUUCUUUAUUCAAAAAAAUAUUAAUUACCAGUUUUGACGAAACUCCAUUCAGUGCUGAAAUAAUCAAAUAUAAAUUUGUUUAAAAACAUUGGAAUUUAUGUGGAUUAAGAAUUUGAAAAAAGAAAAAAAUUAUAAAUGAAUAUUCAAAAAAUGAAAUUGAUUUUAUAAAGUAAGUAUGGAAAUGGAAAAGAAAUGUAAUAUUCUUAUUUAUUAUAAGAUCUUUUACCAAAAGACCUAUUCUUAAAUCAAAUACAUAUAGCAAGACAUCUUUUAUUGAGAUUAACAAUCAAUAAUAAUUUUGA